CACACACACCAUAAAAAAAGCUGAUAUCAACAUGUAAUUCAUGUGCUCUUAAGCUUUAUGUCAUCUUUUUCAUAUUUUUAACACUUGCGGAUGAAAUGAGGAGAUGGCCGACACCAUACCUCCGGAGAAUGAAGAAGACCUGCAGGCUCAGGUCAGCUUUUUAUCUGCUGUGAAAUAAUAAAACCUCUGAUAAAGUUCAGGAAAAAGGCUGGGAAGUUGGUUUGGUGGCUUUGCUGCUGUGAUGUAGUGUUUAUAUGUGGCCUGUAGAGAGCGUAGAAGUCAAACCCCAACUGUGCAGACACUUGACUUAUAAAUGAGUUCAGUAUAGGAGAGAAAGGGACACAGGUCAAAGUUUUUAGCCUGUAAAGCUUAUAAAAAUGCACAAAUAAAUCAGCAACCUUUCUCUAAAUUGAAAUGUUAUUAACUGUGUAGAUUACUCCCUCAGUGUGCAGGUGGUGUUUGGAGUUCUGCAGGUUCCUCACAUUAACACAGACCAACCAAACAGCAUGAAAUAAGACCAGACUGGAACAUACUUACAGUCAUACAACAUUUAUACAUUCACAUUCAUACUUCACUUUAUUCAGUGUGCAAAGAGGUACUGAUAAUACACUGAAAAAAAAAAUAAAAAUAAAUAAGGAAUAUCACCAGCUAUUCAGAGUCAAAAACAUUCAGAAUCACACCUACUGCUUGCAAAGCCUACCUCCUCCAUGUGAACAGAUGGGACAUGGGUCGAACUGUAAAAGUAAAGGAAAUAACAAAUCACCACUUAAAUCAUUUGAUAAAUUUCUUUCAGUCAUAGUUUCUGUCAAUAAACAAGGUUCUUGUCAUGACGAUGAAUGUCCGGGUUAUAAUUUUUCCAGUUUAGAUUGAAAUUAGAGAGAGCGAUUGAUCAGUAUGCCAACAUCAUCAUUACCUUUUCCAACUAAAAAAACCUUUUUCUAAACAUCCGUUAACAGCAUGGAUCAAUAAACCGGCACAUGACUUGCUUUUUUUCUUUUGCUUUAACCUCAGUGUUUACCUUAUAAGAUAUUUCUUUCUUAACUUCUUCAGAUGGCUGGACAGAAAUCCAAAAGUCCCCUGUGGCAUCUACAUUAAUUUGGUCAGAUGUUCACUAAAGCUCAAUAGUUUUGUUUUUUAUUUGUUUGUAUCAUUAAAUUGUUGAGUUGUUUCGUUGACCAAUCAAAGAGGGCCUUUACUCUGUCUGAAAAAAGGAAAGCCCAAUCGUCCAGGAAUGUUUAAGUAUGCCUCUGGAUGACAUGUUUUUACAGUUUUAGAUUUUACUCUGACAAAAUAAAGAAAAGAGAGAAGUGAAAAAAAAAUAGCAUUAUGAUUGGAACAAAAAAAAAAAAACGACAGAAACAUAGCUGCCAGUUUAUGAGGUUGUAUGAUGAUUUCAGUCACAGUAUAGUUAUAUCUGCAGAACCAGCUAAACUGCAAGGAUAUGUGGUGGAAAAAGUCUCAAGUUGAGCACCAGACCCUCUUCAGUCAAAAAGUCACAAUGGAUGUGGGUUAAUGUGAAACUGUAUCAAGGAAGUCCUUCAUAUUCUCUCAAGUUUACUUGUUGUGUAUGGUCAGUGAUUUAUUUUGUUAAAGUAGUUGUAGUAGUUUCCUUUCUACUUCAUGUGUUUCUGUGUCAAACUUUGAUGUUUGAUGCCGUGUUAUCAUUUAGAUAUUCAGUAAGUCAGAACUUUUCAUCAGAAUCAGAAAACUUUAUUUAUUUCCCCGGGGAACUCUGUAAGGGAUUUUAGGGAUUACUUCCCAGUGUCACCUCAUGGUUGAUGUUUUUAUUAAUUAUUCCUCCUCUCAUACAGAUCGAAGAGGUGGAGGCUCUGUCUUCCAUCUACGGAGAUGAGUGGUGUGUUAUAGACGAAGCAUCCAGAAUAUUCUGCAUCAAAAUAUCCAACGACAUGGACGAGCGCAAACUGACAGCAUGUUUGCAGGUAAAAACUCUCUGUUGUUUUUUUCUGUUUUCUAUUUGGUUGUAUUAUCCUAAAUCUUCACAGCCCUACAAUCUCAGAAUGAAAAUUAGAUACAAUAUGUGGCCUGUGUUUUCUUUCUGCUGGUACCAGAAUUGCCAGAUUGGCCAUAAAUCAUGAUUCAUUUUCAUAAUCCACGCCCAUAUAAAAUGUACAUGCCUCUCUGUAGUCAGGUAGCUUGAGGGGAAGGGGCAAAACUGAGGGCACCUGUAAAAGUAAUGGGCCAUUUCAGGGGUCACUCUUUAGGAAAGUUUGAGCAACUUGUACUGAGUUCCCACACUUUGCUGAAAGGUAAUGCAGCAAUUUGUGUUAGAAAUUCAGCAAUGUGAAAGAAUAACACAAAAUUAUAAAUGCAUUAUCUACAAAAAAGAAAUACUACUCUUCAAAUUUAGCAGUCAAGUGAAAUUCUAUCCACUAUAUUUCACAUAGUUAAAAAAAAAAAAACAAUUAACUAAUAUUUCAUGUCAACAAACAUAUUAAAGGGACUUUUAUUUCAUCAGUUUUACUGGAGCAUCCAGAAGGAAAGCUUUUUUAUUUUUCCCCAGUAAAGAAAUCCAGAAGGCAUUUUUUUUAAUUUUACAUACUAGAUGAGUAGCCAGAGAGAACUUUUAUUUCAACAUGUUAUAUAUUGGAAGAGCAUCCAGAGGGCACUUGUUUUAAAACAAAUACUAAAAUACAAAACACAGUGCUUUAAAAUAGAAUAAAAUAAAAUAGAUUAAAAUUAAAAGGAAAAUUUUGUCAGAAGUCCACUUAAAUUUGGUUAAAAGCAGGAAGAAAAGGUGUGAGUCUUUAAGUAGGAUUUAAAAACCUCAAUUGAUCCUGCAGAGUAGAUGUGCCAGGACAUGUUGUUCCAGAGCACAGGUGUCUGUCAUUGUAGUUUGCUAUUAACCCGCUUCCUCUUUUUGUAUUGGUCAGAUAAUUCUCCCUCCUGAUUACCCAAGUGCUGCCCCACCAAUCUACCAGAUAAAGUGAGUCUUUUUGACUUUCAGAUGUGAAUUCAUAGUGAUCUGAUAAAACAAAGCAAUGUCACACUCCUCCUCCACUCACUAACCCUCUAUGUGUCCUCUGUUUCUGCAGCGCUGCAUGGCUGCGAGGUCCAGAGAGGACAGAGCUGGCGAACAGCCUGGAAGACCUUUAUGUGUGAGUAUACACUCACCGGCCACUUUAUUAGGUACACCAUGCUAGUAACGGGUUGGACCCCCUUUUGCCUUCAGAACUGCCUCAAUUCUUCGUGGCAUAGAUUCAACAAGGUGCUGGAAGCAUUCCUCAGAGAGCUUGGUCCAUAUUGACAUGAUGGCAUCACACAGUUGCCGCAGAUUUGUCGGCUGCACAUCCAUGAUGCGAAUCUCCUGUUCCACCACAUCCCAAAGAUGCUCUAUUGGAUUGAGAUCUGGUGACUGUGGAGGCCAUUUGAGUACAGUGAACUCAUUCUCAUGUUCAAGAAACCAGUCUGAGAUGAUUCCAGCUUUAUGACAUGGCGCAUUAUCCUGCUGAAAGUAGCCAUCAGAAGUUGGGUACAUUGUGGUCAUAAAGGGAUGGACAUGGUCAGCAACAAUACUCUGGUAGGCUGUGGCGUUGCAACGAUGCUCAAUUGGUACCAAGGGGCCCAAAGAGUGCCAAGAAAAUAUUCCCCACACCAUGACACCACCACCACCAGCCUGAACCGUUGAUACAAGGCAGGAUGGAUCCAUGCUUUCAUGUUGUUGACGCCAAAUUCUGACCCUACCAUCCGAAUGUCGCAGCAGAAAUCGAGACUCAUCAGACCAGGCAACGUUUUUCCAAUCUUCUAUUGUCCAAUUUCGAUGAGCUUGUGCAAAUUGUAGCCUCAGUUUCCUGUUCUUAGCUGAAAGGAUUGGCACCCGGCGUGGUCUUCUGCUGCUGUAGCCCAUCUGCCUCAAAGUUCGACGUACUGUGCGUUCAGAGAUGCUCUUCUGCCUACCUUGGUUGUAACGGGUGGUUAUUUGAGUCACUGUUGCCUUUCUAUCAGCUCGAACCAGUCUGGCCAUUCUCCUCUGACCUCUGGCAUCAACAAGGCAUUUCUGCCCACAGAACUGCCGCUCACUGGAUAUUUUUUCUUUUUCGGACCAUUCUCUGUAAACCCUAGAGAUGGUUGUGCGUGAAAAUCCCAGUAGAUCAGCAGUUUCUGAAAUACUCAGACCAGCCCUUCUGGCACCAACAACCAUGCCACGUUCAAAGUCACUCAAAUCACCUUUCUUCCCCAUACUGAUGCUCGGUUUGAACUGCAGGAGAUUGUCUUGACCAUGUCUACAUGCCUAAAUGCACUAAGUUUCCGCCAUGUGAUUGGCUGAUUAGAAAUUAAGUGUUAACGAGCAGUUGGACAGGUGUACCUAAUAAAGUGGCCGGUGAGUGUAUCUCAUAUCUCUGACCUCAGACAGAGAAGCUGUACAGGGAGCUCUUCCUCGAUUAAAAGCUUUAAAUAGCUGUUUCCACUGUGCAGAUUUUGAACUCCUCAUCAGUGAAAAUGUUCAAUUUCAGGGAGCAUGCUGGGGAGAGCAUCCUUUACCUGUGGGUGGAGAGAAUCAGAGAGUUCCUGGUGGAGAAAUCUCAGAGCCUGGAAACAGGUGAGGGGUGGAAAUUAGAUUUAUGCUUCAGGGACACACUCACUUUUACAAUUUAUAGAGACUUCUCUCAGCCCAUGUACAGAUUACAGAAAUGGGAAAGAUUUUAUAUGAAGGUGUUUUAUAAUCUGAUGCAGGCUUCUACAAUAGUAGACUUCUUAUUUCUACAAGGAACUCUAAAGGCUGAAACUGAAAGUCUUUUUUUCUUUACCUUAAUUUGAAGUUUUUAAUUAAUGCAUUGAUUUAAUGUUGAAUAUGCGGUGGGUUUUCUGUAAGUUGAACCAUUAUCAGUAGAGUAAAUCCACUGUUGUGCAAAUGAUAUCCAGGUCCAUAACCUGUGCAGCUCUGUGCAGUUUGCUCUUGUGUUGUGUCUGAUUGCCGAGAUAAGCCUUCAGCAUCUUUGUUCUAUGCUGCACAGAGCUGGACUGAGCACCUCUCUUCCUCAUGCUAAAACCUGCUCAGAUUCAGAUGAUGAGAAGGAAAACACAGAUUUUACAGUUAAAAACAAAACUUUAUUCCUGAACACAGCAAGAGCAGCUCAUCCAGAUUAAAAAAUAACUCUUUGUCUCAUGUUAUGAACCCUGACCAUCUCCACACAUAAGGAAAGUGUGUGCUAAUGAGCUGUGAAUGAGUCUGGGACAACUCCAGACUGAUUUGUCUGACUGAAUAUUGUACCAACACUAGUAAUGAAGGGCAAAUAUAAACAGACAUAAUGAACAGUUAUAUUAUUUUGAGGUCAUGCAGUCCUGCCAAUGAUAAAGUGGGUUCACUCUUUGUCUGCCAAAGGCCUUCUUAAUUUGCAGUGUUUAUUUUUGCAGCUGAGUCUGGUUUUGUUUGUCUCUGGCUUUGCAACAUGCAUACCUGCAGCCUGUGUGUAGUUAAUGCAGUUGCUUUAGUGUUUUGCAGCACAUUUUUUCCUGAGCAGUGGGUUUUCAUUGUGCAUUGUUUUGGUCUUUUGCAUAUAUUUAUGAUUUUCCAUUAUGUCUGCAUUUGCAGCACAUAAAUCCUGAUGUGAAUCACUCAGUCUGUAGCAGACUGUCCGCUCUUUUUGACCACUGUAGGAGUUGUACACAUUUAUUUUGCAUGAAGGUUCAUUUAUAUGGAAAAGAGCUAAAUUUAGCCCAAAUCAAUGCAUCAUGGGUCAUUCAAAUGCAUGCAAACCUCACUGGAGCACAGAAACGCUGAUUGUUGUACAGCACUGUUGUAUUGAUGCAUACUUUGCUGCCCUAACGAUCUGCCUGAUCUGUUUAUUCACUGAAAUAACUGCACAGUCCUUUUGUGAUUCAGGUCUAGAGUCUUUUUAAAAAGCCAAUCGCAUCAAAAAUAAAGAAUCAUAUUCAAUUGUGCAAUUAUGCAGUGUAAACCCUGCAGGAGUUCACAUUAAAUCAUAACUCCAUUAUAAUCAUAAUAUGAGCAGUCUGAGCAUACUCUUUACAAAAGUCUGCAUUUAUAGCAGUGAAUAAGAAAACCUACAAUAGAUAUUUAGGUAUUGUUUGGUAAAGGGCUGCAGGUUGGGUUUGAGUCUGAGCGGCUCCCUUUAAGAAAUGUAGCCUCUGAUGAAUUUAACUGCUGAGGUUAACGUUAUUUUUAACCUCCAUUAUCAUACUUACCAUCACAAUUUGAACCAUGCAAUUGCACAAAACAUUUCCCCCUGCUCUAUAUACUGUGUACAUUGGUUUUCUUCCAUGUGUUAAAGCUGUAACUUUGAGGAUUUUGUUUCUUUUCUGCCAUGGAGGAGGGAUAUCUCAGGAACAAAUACAUGAGUUUCUUUGAAUUUGACGCAAAUGUCGACCUGGUCUUGAGGAUGAUUUGACCCGUUUUCUUUUUUGGCUUAAUUUGUGUCCAAGGAUAUGACCACUGUUUUGUGGCUUCUGGUGAAGCAAGAGGUUACUUGAGAUAGAAUCAACUGGGCUUAAUGGAUAUGGUCAGGGUAUGGUCACCAAUCAGGUGUUAGAAAGCUUUAGUGUCUUCAGGAAAAACGGUCUGUAUGGAGAGCAAAAGCAGGAGGAACACAUUCCACCAUAAUGACAUCUUACACCCAUGGUUGGAUAUUCUGUUGAGGAUUUAUUUCUCUGUAAAGGGAUCCUCUUGAUGUUACAGAUUUUCCCUCUGUAACAUCAAGAGGAUGAGACCCUACCUGACAGAAUAAGCAACACAGAUUGACUACUGCAACUCCUUACUGGCAGGCCUCCCUGUUUGCACAGUUAAACCUCUGCAAAUGAUUCUGAAUGUCUGGUAUUCAACUGACCCAAGACAGCUCAUGUCACUCCUCUGUUCAUCUCCCUUCACUUGCUUCUAGUCCCAGCUCACAUCAAAUGCAAAACUCAAAUCAUUGCUUACAAAGCAGUAACCAAAACUGCUCUGUUAUACCUGGAACCCCUCAUUCAGGUCCACACCCCUUCUCGCCUACUACGGUCAGCCACAGAGAGGUGCCUUGUGCUUCCAGUUCUGUCCUGCUCUACUCUGGGAAUUUAUGUUUAUCGUUUGAGUGCCCCAGCACUUGGUACCUUGGUAAUUUUGUGUUGAAGACAAGUUCAUUGAUAGUGAUGAUGAAAGGUCUUAAAUUGAUUGAUUGCUUCAUUGUUUAUGUUUUUUAGUUUAUUUUGAAAAAAGACCCUAGCUGACAAAGAAACAAAGACCCCAGACACCAGGAACAAAUGUAUCGGCGCUAAUCUGGGUGUUGCAGAGAACCAGAUGAAUUCAGUGUUUUUUUGUUUUAUUUUUUGUGAACAUAACUUGAGGUGCAGAAUUUAGCUUCUGAAUCCUAAAUGCAGUAUAAAGAAGUGGAAGGAAGUCUGAGCUCAAAGUCGUUCACCACCAAUCGCUGGUUUCAGAUACGCUGCUGCUCGUGUUCAUCAGACGAUAAAUGAUGGCUCUUGAGAUUGCUGAUGAGCUGUCUCAUUAUUAAAUCUCCUUUUCAUCAGCAAGUCAACCUUUAAACCCUUUUUAAUAAAGACAAAAUGCAUCAGAGGUCCAGUAAAAUCUGGUCUCUGGUCAGUGAUGCUCCUCUAUGAGUAAAACCACGCUCUGAUGUGCUUUGACGCUGUGAUAAGACAAGCACAAAGACUGCACGGCCUUAAAAAAUCCAUCUGAGUCUGACUCUGAGCUGCUGCAGUGAAUGAAGAUCAAUAUCUAAGUAAUGCUUUAUGUUACCCGCCGGGAUCUUUUGAAGUGUAAAAAGAAUAAAAGAUACCCAAAUUAAAGAUUUUCUGCUCUCAUGUGCCACCCUGCAGCCAGUUUUCAGAGGAGGGUUCUGUUAUCGAGUCAGGUGGCCUCUUUUAGGUAACAAACCUGAAAAAUAUGAACGCCCCCGUCUUUGCGGUGCAGCAGAAAUCAGGCCCCCUGAGUGAUUCAUGUGGUAAUAAGUGAAACUGGUUCACAGCACUUAAGGCUCAGAGGAUUGACGGCUGCUCUCCAUUCAGAUGAGAGGACCAUGGAGCAGGGAGGAGGGGAGAGAGGGGGAGGAGAUGCUCAUUUCACAGAGAGAAAAUAAAAGGAGUAAACAGAAAGGUAAAAAGAAUAAAUGGAGCUGAUGAUGAAUGAGAGCAGAGGGAGGGUAAACAUAAGAGAGAGCAGAUGUUUGUUCACCUGAGCCCAGAGACCUUCUUACUUUUAAUGAGUUUCGGCUGUGUGUGUUUAUGUAUGUGUGUGUUUGUGUGUGUCACACACCUCCGAUGUGUCACUGCAAGGUUAACAAUUUAUAACAAGCUUGCUUUUACACUCCAGAUCUUUUUUUAAGAGGGUUUCUGUUUUCAAAGAAUCCUUGCUGAGUUUCAUUUAAGAACUUGAUUAGUCAGGUAAUGCUCCCUUUUAUAGUUCCACAAUUUUCUUACAAAUUUGGACUGCAUGCUUUUUAAAAUAUAAAUAAAAACAGACUUUGAUGGUUUACCAACCAUUCAAAGCCAAUGUGUAAUAAAAAAUUGUGAAAGGCAAUAUAUCAGAUAUUAAAACUGAACAUUUUAUUGUUUUAUGAAAAAUAUAUCCUCAUUUUCAUCCAACUGGGAAUAAAAAGGACACUCAGAGAGGCUGAGACUCUCAGACGGAAAGAUGGUUAAAGGUUCACCACUUUGUGAGAUGCGAAAAGAUGAGUGGAUUUCAUCAUCUGCCAAACAUAAUAUUAUUAAAACAUUCAGAGAAUCUGGAAAAAUCUCUGCGCUAAAGGGACAAGGACAGAAACCAAGACUGGAUGGACCUGAUCUUCAGAUCUUCAGGCCAUCAGGCAGUGCUGCAUUAAAAACAGACAGAACUGCAUGAACUCAAAAUCACUUCCAAAAAACACUGUCUAUGAACACAGUUCAUACAAAUGAACCAUGCAAAGAAGAGAAACGAUAGAAACUUGAUUCACAAACACCAGAGACUUCUCUGGACCUGAGCCACUUAAAAAGACUAAGGGGAAAAGGAAAACUGCCCUGUGGUCUAAUGAAUUAAAAUCUGACUUGAUCUUUUUUUGGAAAUCUCUAGUGAUGUGUGAAAACUUUUCAGAAAUCUGAUGAAUUAAUAUUUAGUCUUUGUUUUUGAAAAUUCUGGCUGCUGCAUCCUUGGCUCUUAAGAGUAGAGAGGGCACCUGCUUGUUUUCAGCAAGUCAAUCACAAACCACAUUCUGCAGGGAUCACAGCAGCAUGGCUCUGUAGUAGAAGAGUUCUGCUGAUAAAUUGGCCUGCCUGCAGUCCUGACUUGUCUCCCAUUGAAAAUAUUUGGAGCAUCAUGACACAAAAAUAGGGGAGAGGAGACUCUGAACCACUGAGCAGCUGAAAUCCUCUGUCAGAAAAAAAUUGGGACAUUUCACUUUCUAAACUCGAGAAACUGGUCUGCUGGGUUUACUUAUGUUUCUGGGAACACUCGACCUGAGCUAAAAAAUUGAACAGGAUGGUGAAAUUUGAUCUUGAUUGUAUUUCUAUGCAUUGUCUGGAGUUCGAUUUGUAUUGUAUUGGCACAUUUGUUUAUUAUAGGUAUAUACAGCACAUUCUGUUCACACUCAGUGUUAUCAGCUGAUUUAGACUGUGCUCACACGGAGCACCUUUGUUUCCAUGACAGCAGGGCACUUAAUAAAACCCACCUAUUGAUCUUUUGUACCUAAUGUCUUUACUUUAUCUCACAGCAGAUAUUACACAUUAACACUCGCACAUUAUUAAAAGCAGUUUGUGCUCUUAGAAACCUUUCACACUGCCAUUCUGAAACCUUGGUUUGUCAUUAAUGUCCUUAAAAUAACCUCCUCUUCUUUGUUGGUAUUUCAAACUGCAGCCUCAGUUGGCCUGUGGUAAUUGGUGUCAUCCAUUAUGAAUUGUAUAACAAAUUAUGAAAUGGUGUUAGAGUCCAUGUUAAGGUCACAUAAUGCUAAUUUGCUAAUAAAGAGCACAGUGUGUAUCGUUUAAAUGACAGGCUCCUCGACUUAGUGACGACCUUUACAGGCAGAUGCUUUGUACGGUGGCUGACUAGGGUACUUUCACCUUAGUGCCCAAAAAAUUUGUUAGAGGACAAACCAAAGACUGUAGAAAACACAGAUGCAGUCUCAGUGUUUCCACCCAGUGUUUCUCUUUCUGUGGAGGUGAUGUGGGCUGAAUGAACUUCGUUUGCUGGUUACAGUGCGCUCACCCCUAAUUAUACCUCAGUGUGCAUAAAUCUUAGCCCAGGGUUUCACUCAGCGAGGCCGCAGACCAGUUCUGGUUGUUUUGAACCAGGCUACAAAAACCCAGUUUGAGCAAAGAAGGUAGAUCAGAAAUUAUUCUGGAAAUGCCCAAAUUUAAAAUAUUUAUUACCAGGCAUUUUUUUUAAAUUUUUAUUCACAAAGACAAAAUUGACAAUAUUUUGUAUUACUUGUAUUCAAGCAAAAAUUUAUAAAGAUUUAUACAGACCCCGUUUUAGCCUCAUGACAUUUUGAAUAAAACAGAAAAGUCUUAAAAAAAAUGAAAAACAAAAUGAGCUACAGGGACUGAAAGUUUUUUUUUUACUAAUCAGACAGCAAACAUGUCUGUGUCUGUUGUUUAGUUGGACAUUAAACAUGGGGCUCUAUAGAGAUUGACUUACUUUUGGAGACAGCCUCUUGUGGAUUUUUGAGGAACUGCAUUUUUGUUGCACUCUUGCACCAGCACUUGCCAGUCAGAGGGUCUCAGUUUUCAUUUUAGUCCUGUUUUAGUCAUUGUCAAUUGUGGCUAAAUUUUUGUUGGACAUUUCUUCGACAGUUUUAUGAUAGUUUUUGAAGAGAGACACUUCUCCAGGUUGUAAAACAUUAGAGAAUGAAGGAAGAAUACCUCUCUACAUUUAAUCAUCUUGACUUUAAAUGUGUUUCUAACUGUCUAUCCUCAUUUCAUGGGAAGAUAUUGAUUGCCCAAGAUUUCAUUUGAAAAGUGCAAUGAAAAACACAUAUCAUAAACAAAAAUUCCCUUGUCACUACACAGAGCUCCAUGUCUAAACAAAUCAUAAAUCAGACUUGAGAAGGAGGGAGUUGGACACGCUUGUACAGACCCAUAUUUUUUUGAUGAGUUUACCUUAUGCAGUGAAAUGUUAAGUUCAUUUUCUCUUUUUGCAAGUAAGCUUCUGGAAAGAUCAUGAACUUUGUUUUUCAGCAUCUAAAGCUACAUUAAAAUCCAAAAGACCUGUUAUUAAAGACUUAAAAUGCCAGCUGAAGCUCCGGCACUACUUUUAUAUCAGAGGGAGCGUGGAUGCAGAUGACUGUAUCAUCAGCAUAGAGGGGUAUUUUUACUUUAAUAUCUUUACACAAGUCAUUUUUAAAACUAAAGAACAGAACUGGUCCCAGAAUAGAGCCCUGGGGGACACCUGUAGUAAUCUUAAGAAAAUCAAGUUUGUGGCCCCUUAUCAUUGGCGCACUGAGUUUGAUGUGUAAUUACAUAUUUCUUACAUGAUCUUUUUUCAGUGAAUCAGCCUGAAAACGUGAACAUGACGGCUGAGGAGGCAGAUGACGAUGAUGAUGUUCCGGACUUCAGGAUGCUCAAACUGAACACUGAAAAUGCUCAUCUCUUUAUGCAGGAUUCAGACGGUACCUCUCAUUAAAGUUUGAUGAGCUUUUUGUAUCCUAUUCUCACAGCUCAUAAUAAAGCUGAGCGUUUCCUCCUGCAGAUGAGGAACUGCCUCCCAUUAAACAUGGAAACGCCAUCACAGACCGACGCAGCACCUUCCAGCCUCAUUUAGCACCUGUGCUGGCCCCCAGACAGGUACAGAACCAAUCUGAAUUUCAAUUAAAGAAGAACAUGGUGUGUUUUUUCUUUUACGGUGAAGACUAACAGCAAAUGACAGCUCAUAAAAGUUUCAGCAGAAAUAACCUCAUGAGAAUCUUGACUCAAGAGAAGAAUAUAAAUAUGCAAAUUUGAGCAGCAAUUUCAUAAGCUGCACAUCACCCGGCUCAUUCCUGCAGAAAAUUUCACUCCGUGACUGUCAGGUAACACACUAAAAGCUCCCACCUGCUGAGAAGAGCUGUUUACUCCCAAAUAUUUACAGACACAGCUGUCCUCCUCAGAGAGCAGAGCAUCUGAAGAGACCUGAACAACAUUUACAUCCUCUGCUGUAAGAGUUUGGCUUGGAGAAAAAGAGAACCUGAUUCAGUAAAACCGGAUACCUGCUGAGUUUCAAACUGUCUGAUGGUGCUUAGCUUUGAUUCGCUGUCAGCAUGGGAACUAUAUGCUGCUCUGAAGUGUUUGAUAUUGAAAAAUUAUAUAAAAUGAUGCACAGAUACUUACAGCUGCAUUAAACAUGGAAAAGAUCAAUGACUUCAGAUGUUGAAAGUUCAAGAGUAUAAUGCGAAUCUGAAGAGAAAAUGUUCGAUUGAAAUUAACUACUCUGGCUCAUGUUGUGAUCCACAUGCUUUUUAAACCGGACGUGUUUAAGACAUGUCUCAUUUUGUUAAAACAUUCAUCUUCUGAGUGUUUAAUUGUUUUAAUUUGAUAGUUUUCUGCAGCGGGAAGCAGCAGGGUGUCCUUGUAUUUGCACUUUUAUUUCUCAAGAGAGUCGAUGUGAAUUAAUUAAGGGAAAAAAGGAAUUAAUCAGUUUCUCUUUUUUUUUGGCUCCUCUUUUCUGUGUUUCAGGUCAAAACGGUUCUGGAGAAGCUGUAUGAAAACAAGAAGAUAGCCAGUGCCACUCAUAACAUCUAUGCCUACAGGUCAGUUCUGUCAGAUAUCAGUGUGUAGAGGACCAUCUGUUAGAUGGUAAUUAUGUAAAUGAAGGAGAUGGAGUUAACAGUCAGUCUCAUUAGUGCACAGGAAAUGAAGAGUGUGUGUUGAAUGUAAAGGCCAGCUUCCUGCAGUAAAGGUCAAAACCUGCUACACAAACAGUGGAGACUUGAACAUCAUCUUAAAUACAGUCUGAAUAGACAUGUGUGUUUGUAUAUUUGUGUGUGAGUGAACAGUUUUUCCUCCUCCGUAUGUGUGUUUGUGUUUUUGACGCCUGUCUGUGGGUGUAGUUUUUGCACCAUUUUUGCAGCAUUGGGUCUAAUGAGGUCGGCGUGGAGCUGCUCGUGCUGCUUGGGCAGUCAUUACUGCUGACAUUUAAACCACUCUAAAAACUUUCCCUGUGAAGAGGUUGCAGCGUCGCUCUCUCACCAAAAUGUCUUCAUCCUCCGCCCUCACGCCGAGCCACCCUGAUCCUGUGUUUGUCUUUUUUUCAGGAUUUACUGCGAGGACAAAAACAGCUUCCUGCAGGACUGUGAGGACGACGGGGAGACGGCAGCGGGAGGAAGACUGCUCCAUUUAUUACAGGUCAACUUCAAUACUCUUUUUCUGACAUAGCAAAUAUCACAACUUAUUUUUCAAUAGUAAUACCUUUUAUGAUUAACUUUUUAAAAGUAAAAUCAUGAAGUUGGACGCAGAACUUUGCGAGAAAACUAUUUUAGCAUUUGUGCAUAAUAUACCAGUGCAUUCCAUGAAUAAGUCUUUGCAGUUGUAGGGACAGAAAAACAUCAAAGCAGGUGAAGUGAAACACGAAGGAGCUAGCAAGAUCCUUUCAAUGAAUUUAGACAUUUUUUUCAAUGCCAGAAGAAGAUUAAAGUAUCAGAAUAAGUUAUAUCAAGUUUGACUUUUUGACUCAAAGGGCCUUAUUCUCAAUGUUUUUAUGUUUAAUGUGCAGAAACUUUACUGCACAUACAAACAAACGUGCAAGUUGGUCUACUAACUGCAUGCACUGAUGAUUGCACUUCUCAAAUCUCCAAGAUAACACAUGCUGGCCAUUUAGCCAAUAAGCCUUAAUGAAUAUGCAGUUUGCAGCAUUUCUACCAAGUUCUUCCAAGUUGAUCACCCACAAAAUGUGCCUUUUGUUAGGAUGUACAUGCAAGAUAGAAUUCGUAAUGUGGAAUGUUAAUAAAUGAGAUUCAAUGAGAUCUCAUCAAAUUAUGAUGUCAGGUGCAAAGACUGUGCAACCCCAACACCAGCCCAUAUCAGCUGACAGCUCAGUUGAUUACUUUCCUCACACACAAUUAGCAAUUGUUCAUUUUAUUUAAUCUGCCUUAUCUUACCUGCUCCUCCUGCUUCCUCCACAACUUCUUUGCAACCCACCUUCACCCUGCUACCCCUUUUUAUGCUGGCUUUGGUUUAUCAGUGUCAUGUGGAUUUUCACUGGUGCUUGCUUCGAUCUUUUCUGGGUCUUUGCUGAUGCUCUCCCUGCCUUGGCUUUUCAUAAACAGAGAGGAAGUGUGCUUCCCCCUGUGUAAACUUUGGCCUUUCAUGUAAACUUGAAGAAGGGUGGGGAGCUCUCAGAGCAGAGCAGCUCUCUCCUUGAAGGAAAGUGGUCCUGACUGAAAAAUAUUUGUGGGCUGGAACAAAAAAAUCUGAGUAAAUAUAGAAAGGAUGAGUAAAGAAAGCCAAUGUAAAAACAAGGAGAACGGGUGAAAUCAUGAGAUCCAAAGAAAAUUGGCUCAUAAUAAAACCUCUGCGAACAAAACAGGCCAUCCUCAUCCCACUCAAAUCCUCCCAAAUCAACAGACACAUUGGUGAGCUACAACUUAAUAUAUGAACUAAAACCAGUCUUCAGCUCCUGAAGCUGUAUUAUCAUGUGCUGUAGGGUGCAGGAGGUGUGAGGUAUGUCCUCGGUGGUACAGGGAGACCCAAGCCACUUUUGCGCUCAUCAGACAGCUGGUUAGCAGUAUGUCUGGUCCAAAAUUGGCUAUGAAUGCUAAUAAGAGGCAAAGAUGAUGUCCUGGCAGAGGUGAGGCCCCUCGUACAGUAUCUACAGACUUUUAGAUCAAAACUCUGUUAGGCUUUAGAUUAGUUCAAACUUUUUCUUCUGAAAACAAAGUCCAAAAGUGCGACUGAAGAAUUACCCAUGAAUGAGUCAGAGCAGCUCAUAUUCAGCUUUGGCCUUGAGCUAAUAUCACAUUGUUAGGUUUUAUAUCCAAGUUUUCUUUUGGCACCUGCAUGUUGAUUUUCCUCCUUCAGUUUCUCAGGCUGCAUAAUUUCUUCAUCUGCUGAUUUCAAGCUUAAAUUAUUCUGAGAGAGAAGUUUUAAAACAGUCUUUACUGUUUUACUUCAACCUCAUAUUCUCUGCAAAGUCAGCGCCUCAAACAUCUUCAUAAAAAAAAAGUUUCACUCACUGUGUGAAGUUCAGUCUCUUUGGGAAAUACGGACAGCAAAUACGAAAUGAUGUUAUUCUUUUGGUCAAAUCCAGCAGAAAAGGAUCAGCUCUGCAGCAUCUUUUUAGGAGAUGAUAAUUAUUAUCGGUCCUGAAGCUGACAGCAGGCAGCCUUUUUAUAAUGAUUUUAAAAUCAAUAUUUAAUCACUCAGACUUCUCUGACAUUUAGGAUAUUAAAUCUGAGCGCAAGGACCAUGGAUUGGUUUAUAAUUGAUUACAGGGCAGUUACCUUUUAUACAUUUUUUUUGUUUGUGUUUAGUGAUUGAAAAGGAAGAACAUAAGAGGAAACUUAAAACAGAAAAUGAGCUAUUAGAGGAUUCAAAACAAGUUUGAAACAACAUCGUGGUGGAAACCAUGGAUCUGAAACAGAAAAAAAUUCAAAGAGCCAAAGUGAAAUAGAAAACAAAGACAGAGAAACAACGAUGAACUAAAUCAGGCACCAUGAGCAGAAGUGCACCUGUCUCAUCUCAGCGGGGGACGAAAUUGUUGACGACAGAAGACACGACUGCUGAAAACUUGACUCUGUGUUUGUCUGGUUGUUCAAAGUUUGUGAGCUAACUCUUGGCAUUAAACAUGCAGUAAAAUUUAAUAUAAACAGGAUAAUGUAUUCGAAUAUGUUCAAUUAUCCCACCGCCUCAAUUGUAGUGUUAUUCUGUGGGAAACUCUCUCACAGCUCUUUCUCCUCUCUGAUCAUCUGCCGAGGGAGCCAGAUUUGUCCACAGAGCUGUCAAUCAUGCAGUAUGUUUACACACUGCUCAGAAAACUGUUUUUUUUGUUUGAGUCUGACUAAAACUGGAGUUUUAAAAUACAUGUAAACACAAAAGCAAAUGUGUGUGUUGAUUUUUUUUGGUGUGUGAUUUUAUAGGUCAGCUUUUAUCAAUGAACUGAAUCUCUUGUGUUGCCUGUAAAAUGAGACAAUUAUACUCCUAAAUCACCAAAUCAAGCUGAAACUAUCUUUGACUUACUUGUAUUUGUGUAGCCUCUUUUGUCAGUACUAUACUCUUUGUAGAUCAUCUCUGUACCCUGAGGUCAUGGCCAGCUGUACAGAAGGGCUUUUUUUGGUCUUUUUGACUUUAUUUUCAGGCUUUUUUGGCCUUUAUUUAGAGAGGAUAAGAUAGUGGAGGGAGUAGGAAAUGAGGAGAGAGAGCAGAGUAGUGACACAUGGGAAAGAAGCCAUAGGUUAAAUGCAGCUGCUUGAGGUGUAACCUCCAUGUAUGGGGCACACAAAUAGACCUCUAGGCCAGCAGUGCCCCAGGUUUUUUUUUCAAUCUUAAAAUUAAGACUUCAUUGAUUGUAGGGAAUAAAAAAGGCUGCAAAUGCCCAAAACCAAAAAUUUCUUAAUAACUAUUUAAAAACAAAAUAUUAGAUUUCUUUCAAGGAACUUAUGAAGAAAAAUUUGUCUUGAAAUAUCCUAAAAAAAGAUUGAAAUUUGGACCUGUCCAGUCAAUGUAGCAUAAAUAAAGUGUGAUGAGUUAUUUUGUACAGAGAUAAGACAAAUUUAUGUGAUAAGAUUUGAGUUUUUUUAAGUGUAGACAUAAUCCACUCAGCUGGCUGGCAUGCAAUUGAUGGAAAUUCAGAUGGCUUUAGCAACUUUUUUACCUGGUUACUUUGAUAUUGUGUAAAAUGCAGUCAAGUACUUAAAAAUAAACUACUUAAAGGCAUUGUGAGGAAUUUCAGACUAGUCAAGAAUCAGACUGAAACUGAUACUAAUGUCUUUCUAUGACCCUCAGAUAUAAACAAGACCAUUAGCAAGGAGGCUGAUUCAUCUCUGAAGUUAUUUUUGAUGUUGUAAACCACCAUGAAGGGACUGAUGUCAGACCAGAUAGUUAAAAGUGAAACAGCCUGUUUUUAACUUUCCAAUGGCAAAUACUCACAGGAUGCAAAAUAUUUCAUUCUUCAAGACAACAAGAUGUGGUUUUGUCUGACAAUGUUUGUUUUAGAUGAAAAGAAUAAGAAUAAGACAUUUAGAGGCCAUAGUUUGUUCACAGGGAGUGCCAAUGUUAACACAAAUCAAAAGUUCCUCAUAGUAGCUUUAGGUAAAAGUGAAAUCAUGGUUUUAAUAACUACUCCAUAAAGUACAUCUGCAGCUAGACUCAGCUGUGAUUGUAAACAUAAUGAAAGGAGCACAUCUCAUCAUUUUAACGUAAAAAACUACUUUAAACUGAAUAUGCUAGUAAAAUGAACACUGGGACUUAAACCUGCAGGUCAAGAACUUACAAUAAUGACAGAGUCCGUGUCUGAAAACAUUUCUUUGGCUUGUAUUUUGUUUUAAUAGUUUGGCCCAGCUCGAUCUGUUAACAUGGAGAAGGCUUGAUUUGUGACCUUUUCUGCAGCCGUAAGGCAAGGGGAGAUCUUAAUCUUUUAGCUUAACUUUUUUUUCCCUUUAUUAAUAGGACAGGGUGAAAUGUGGGGAGAUAGAGAGAGGGGGGAAGACAUGUAGCACAUAGUCAGGGCCAGACUCGAACCCCCGACCUUGGUCUCCAUGUAUGGGGUGCGCUCUGUCAUCUGUGUGCCCUUUAGCUUCACUUUUGAAAGACUCUUUUGCUUUCUAUUUUUGGACCUGCAUUGUUUCCUUUACUGGUCCCAAAGUCAAUCCCAAAUCGGCCCGUACUCAUAUGCUCAUAAAACUCAUACUGUAUUCAUCUUCCAGGAAUUGCUUUAACUAGAAACCCUCAACUGAUCAAGAAAACAGGGAAGGUUCAGUUAAAUUUGUCCUAUUAAACCUGGCAAAUUUUACAACAGAGGCUGUUGCUUAAUAACAUGAUCUGUUUUCAGUUUGUUCCAUUAUCACUAUCAGUGUAUCAGAGUUGAUUCAAUUGUAGUUUAUUAUCAUAAUCAUGAUGUGUCCAAUGGGAAGAGUCGGAUAUUGAAUUAGUGUGUAUCUUUAGAAAAUUACAUCAGCUCAGAGAUCGAGUCUUCACUGCUAAGAUUGGAGAGACCUCCUCAGCUUUAAUCCCACACAGCACUCGUAUUACCAUAAUGAGUAAAUUUUCACUCUGUUCCCCUCUAGAGAAAAAGUCCAUGAUAGUAAUUUCACGCAAUUAUUAAUCCUUCAGCUCACAUUUCACAGAGGCAUUUGUUUCUGGCCGUCAGAUGGCUCUAUGAUUCACACUCACGCCCCCGUCCCACAAAGACGUGUGAUUGUUCACACACUUUGUGUUUCCCUUAAAGAUUGAGAACAGAAAGUUUCCUCUGUGGUUCUGUCUCCAAGUGGUAAUCAGAUUUUUUUCCCAGAAAGGAUCCAUGACUCAUGUCAGGGUUCAUUCAUGAGAUGGCUGCUGCCGCCUCUGUCAGCGUGUCCCUGUUAGAGAGUUAAUCUGUGUAAAAUAAAACUUUGGAUUCAGAUGCUGUGAGCUGUGAGCAGAAUUCAGAUGAAACAAGCUUCUCUAAUGACCGUACAGCUGCUUUGAAUGGAAGGAAAUGCUUUAAUGAUUCCCUUUUGAAUAAAUAUAGCUAAAAACAUGUAUAUGCAUCAAAACUUGAUAUGUAAAUUCAUCUAAAGUUAUGGAGCUUAAAUAAUACAGAAAAUUUUCAAAGACUUCUCAUGUUGAUUUUAAAAUGUUCUUCUCCGACAAAAGUACAGCAACUAACAUUUUAUUUUAGUAGAAGCAGAACUACAAGUCUGUGAAUCCAUUGAAGUAAAAGUGAAAAGUACUCUCUCUACAAAAUUUCCUGAAAGGACACCUCAUUUCUUUUAUUACAUCAGUCUGGAACACCUACACACCUAGCUCAGAAAACUCCUUAUUUGAUAGAACGUUAAACACAUCGGAGGGUGUUGGUUUUUACACAUCUCUAGCUGCUCGCUCUACUUUAUAGCUGUGGUUUCAUUAGUUACUGUUGUCAUGUUGCUUCCAGCUUAUGGCUCUAAGACUUCAUGAACGUCUUUAUAAAUGAACAGCUGAAGGUUUUAGAAACAGCUAAAACUCAACUUUUGCUUACUCUUCUGUAGUUGGGUAGAUGAGUCCCAGAUAAAUUUUAAGUAUAGUGUAAUGCAUCCUAUCAUUUGGUAUCAUGCUGCACAAUAUUGUAGCAUGUAUAGUAAAUAUAUUGCAUCAUAUAGUACUUUACUGCAUAAUUUUGCAUCAUAUCCCCCUGAAUUGUUUUUUUUGGCAGUAAAUUGUAUUGUAUCUUUUUUAUCAAAUUACUUCUAAUUGUAUCAUAUCAUAUCUAAAUUUUUCAUAUUGGAUUGUAUUGCAUCAUAUCAUACCAUAUUGUAGCCUCAUGGUAUGAUAUGGUAUGGUAUGGUAACAUCUUGUAUCAUCUCAUAUCGUAUUGUAUCUUAUCAUAUUGUAUCCAGCAUGCACUGGCAGCAAAUAAGUUGCUUUUUCCCUUGAGCGCCAUCUUCUGGGUAAUCUAUUGGUACGCAAAAAAAUACCUCUCUCAGCUGUUACAUUUGGGCGCUGAUCACACACCUCUAAAGGAGGCAGGAUUUUUGUGGAUGAUGAAAUUGUGUUAAAGGUGUGUCUUAUUAACCAAAUUUGAUAGUUCUUUUAACCUUCAGGGUGUGUGUAGUUUUUUAAAAGCAAGAUUUGACCCUCAAAUUAUAUAAAUGCCUAUUUUUCCAAACUGAUAGUUGAGGUUUGACCAAACAAAAUAUAGACACCCACGGUUCCAAAAACUAGGGCAGGAAUUCAACAAAAGUCUUAGAGACAUUGAAACAGAAGUCUACAAAACAGUGGGUGAUGUCAAAAUGACUGCAGAAACUUUUUAUAUGUAAUCGUCACUCACAGGGUUUGUUGAUAUAACCUUAAAGACCUCCUUUGAUAAUUCCAUCCUGGUCCUGAAACCAGAAUAAAACCUGUACUGUGAGUUUACCCCCUGCAGCUGAAUGGUCUACUGUAACUGGAGUGAUAGCAUCAGGUCAGCUGUCCUCAAGCUGAUCCUUCUGAGCUACAUGCUGAUUAAUCUCCUACUUGUCGCACUCUCAGCGUACGGAGCAAUUUUCAUGGAGAGCCCACUCCUCCUCUAAUCUGAUUCCUCUCCAUGAGCUGUUCUUCCUGUGUCCUCUUUUAGAUUCUUGUGCUUUCUCCCACUGAAUGUUCCAGUGUUAGGCGAUGAAUAAAAAUCUGAUCUGAUUAAUAGAGUCGGCAGCCUGAUGUGCGAGUCUCCUCCAAUGACAGGUUGCAUUUUUCCUCCUCUUUGAAUGUGAGGGGUGGUUUGGCAUUUGGACCAAUUUACUAUUUCUAUGUAGUUUGAUGAGAGAAAAUUUAUGUCAGAUUAAAGUAACAUAGGAUUGAUUUCAGUUUAGUAGGGGAUGCAGAACGUCUCAUAAACCAAGACUGAUGAAGCAAAUGAAAAUAGAUAUUUUUUUAUUUCCUCAUUAGUGUUUUUUACUGGCACAGAACAUAAUCACAGCUUUUCUUAGAGUCACUUGAUUCUUCUUUAUGUUUCUGCUGUUGUUGGAUUGCAAAUUACUUAAUGUUGAAGCAGCACUAAAGCUAUUUAAAAAAAAAACUCCAGACAGUCUCUAAAAUAUUGGAAUGCUUGCACCAGGAAGUCUUCAUUGUCACGUCACACUUAUAAAAGAAGAAGACAUCCACUGUAACAUGAAAUUCAUCCCUAUUUUCAAUCUUUUAAAGUGCAGCUUACAUGCCUUAAAAUGUUGCACAGUCUGAUGCAGAGUCGAUAAGAUAUAAAGCUGGUUUAGAGGAUGUAUUGAAGGGUCGACUUUGUAAAUUGCACAGUAUGUAGUUGUGUAAUGCAGCUAGAAUAGACCAUAUGGCAUAGUAAAUUAAUUGUAUUGCACAGAAACUAAUUUGUGUUGCACAUUUAUGAAUGCACAUUGCACAGAUGAUCGAUAUCGUGCAGAAAAACACAUACAUCAAAGAGCAGAUAAUGCAUAUCACAAGGUGGAUAAUAUAUUAUUCACUGUAGUUGAUAUGCAGGGCAUGACAGAUAAUGUAUAUUGCACAGAGGAUAUUCUAAAUAGCAUAGUGAAUCAUUUAAUGCACAAGUAGAAUAUGUAUAAUCUACAGUUGAAAAAAUGCAUUUUGCGUUGGGAAUAAUCAAUACUGCAAGGUUUAUAUUUCAUAAUGUGUUUGGAUAAUGUGUAUUUAUGGCCGAGGUAGGUUAAUACAGCUAUUUCUAUGGUGCUCUAAUGAGUUCAAAUUGAUCUUCCAUAUUUAUUACAAAGUUAACCAAUGAUGAAGGAGCUACUGUAAUUAAGAUAAACAAGAAAUGACGCAAGACUAGUGCUAAACAUGUUAAGCCAAUCACAAACAGGUAGUCAAAGUCCUACCCUAUCUGGUUCCUGAAAUGUUUUGUGCAGCACACUACAAAAAAUAUUUACCAAAACUGAAAUGUUUUUAGCAGCAUAUAAAAAAAAACUGUCUGAAAUAUUUUUUUAGUACAAGAAAAAAACAUGCAGUGACUUCAGUGUUUUUUGCAGCAUAUUCAGGAAACAUGUUAUUGUUGACAUGUUUUUCUGCAGAUUAUGAGAUGACUUCUUCGCUGUCAUCAAAUGUUUUACAGUAAUUUCAGGGCCAACGUACAUAUCAGAGUUAAUGAUGUUCUUUCAAAGUUGAUUGUGUACAAUUCACAGUACAUCAACAAAAAAAUACAUCACAGAUUGAAGCUUUAAAAUAUGUGUUUAAGUUACUAUUGACCACCAGAGGGCAGCACACUGUGCUGGUGCUUUGUAAACAACAAUUAUAUUUGAGGAGAAGCUAGGCAGCUACUUGUUUUUUUUGGAGUUACUUAUUUAAGGCUAUAAUUUCCAAAGUUAGAUCAUAAUUUCUUUUAUUGGUUUCAUUAUUUUAUACUGUUUCCAAGAGCAAAAGCAGAUAUUUAGCCUAAAACAGACCCAGCAAUUAGCUAUUAAGAAAAGUGGAAGUGCAGCAACACAACUUUUGUAACCUAGCAACAGACAGUGCCUCUGAGAAGUGCUCUCUAAUUGAGGUUGUGGGCAAUAACAGCGCAAAAGCACACCGGGCACAGGUGCUUUUUUACUCACCUCACUUGUCUGGGUUUUGUCCUCUGCUGCUGUGCUUUCAUUGUGGAAAAACCCUGAAACAUGUUGCUGUGAUAACAUAUCAGGACUUGAAAUUUCUAAAAUAAUCCAGUAAAUGUCAAGAGUUCAUGGAGAAAUGGGUCUGUGGAUCAGUCUGAGUGUCAACUUUAAGACCAGAUCUUUGAGGCUUUUGGGAACAAUGCCGAACAGAGACCCAUUGAAGACGGUAAAAUUGCAGGCUCUUUAAACAAAACAAAGAGCUGAAAGACAGAUAUGAGCUUUUAUCCAUUGUUAGGGCUGCUAGAGGGGAGAAGAAACAGAGCACAAUGUGUCAGCACAACACACUGUAGAGACCUGCACUUCUUAAACUAACUAAACACACAAUUUCAGCCUGUCAGGGGUUUACAUUAGUGCCCUAUGAUCUAAAAAAAAGCAUUUUGACUGACCUUUUGUUGCUACACUGUCUUAGUCCAUUUGUUUUACCUUUCUAAGAGGGAGAAAAUUGAAGAAAUAGGUUUUCUCAGCCUAAAGGUCAAGUUGGAAAACAGUUUAUGUUGUAACUCCUUGUAUGACCCCACCCUUUAUAAUCCAAUUUUUAAAGCCUUAUACAGCAUGACUUUUAGCUCUCAAAGUAAAUUGCCAGCUCUCCAUGAGGUUAUUAAGAAUUAAAUAUACAUCAAACACAUUUAUGAGAACUUAACAAACUGUCCAAGACCCAGUAAAAGACAAGCUUAAAUCCUAAAGAACAGCUGUUUUCAUCUCUGACGCUUCUACAAGUUUGAGGUGAGUUCACAAAUGUAGCCUCAGUAUCAUAAAACAAGAGUAUACAAGUACUAAUAUCAGUGUUUCCCCAAGGAGGUGUGUAGCUGUAUCUCAAAAAACAAGAAUAUUAUGUGAAAGUGUAAUAGUUUCAUAUUCAAAACCGUUCAUAUGCAAACAUGUUAAAAGCAUUUUUGUAUCAUCACAGUCUGGGAUGACUCGGGGUGCCAUGUCAUCUGCUGGUGUUGGUCUUCUGUGUUUUAUCAAGUCCAAAGUCAAGACAGCCUGAAGCCUACCAGGAGAUUUUAGAGUACUUCAUUUUUCCAUCUGCUGAGAAGGUUGAUGGAGACAUAGAUUUCAUUUUCCAGCAGGAUCUGGCACCCGCCCACAGCGCCAAAACUCCCACCAACUAAUGUCCUUUCUUAGCAGGAUGUAUACCACAAAUAUAUCCCCAAAAUCUGCUUUUUAAAGGACCCUUUUCAUGAUAUUCUAAUUUAUUGAGAUGUGUAGAGAGGGGAGGGAGUUAUUUUCUUCCUUUUGCAUGUGCAUUAAGAGAUUUAUUUUGGGACAUUCUGAGGUGUUUGGAUCGCUCAGCAGCAAUUUUCAUACCAGUAUUAAGGAUAGAAGAGCUUUACUCUUUUCACCUCUAUGAACAGAUAAAGUUAUUGUCUUGUUUUUGGUUUAUAUUCUGUACUUUGAUAAAGAACCACAAAAAUCUAAGCCAAGUUUCUUUACUGCAAAUUCUGGCCAAAAGAGAUAAUAUUCUCCAUUCCUGGUGAUUCAGACCAUCACAAUUCGUCUGACAGCUGAGUCAGAAACAAAAUAGAGAACUCCUCCACCUCAUCACAUCCUGUGGGAAAUGUUUGUCCACCGGGGAAGACUGUCGUGUCUCAUUUUACACCCUCACCACUUGCUCAUCUUACAAAUUCACACUUACUUUAACAUUUCCACCCCGUUUGUCUCUCUUCGCAGAUCCUGGAUGUGCGUAACGUCAUGGUGGUUGUGUCUCGCUGGUAUGGAGGGAUUCUGUUAGGUCCUGACCGUUUUAAACACAUCAACAACUGUGCGAGGAACAUCCUGGUGGAUGAGGGGUACAUCCCCUGCACGGUGAGGAUCUCUUUUACUCUGUCAUCUUCCUCUGAAAUGUCUUCACUCAAAUUUCCUUCGCUGCCGUAUCUUCUGUGCUGGUGAUUGAUUAAGUUGCUACAAGUCUCUGAAGACAAAUGGGGCAUAGAUUUUUGUUUUCAAUUUGACCAUCAGAGCAAAUCUGUUCAGAAGAGACCAGAUAACUCCAGACCAUUAGACAGCAGGGACAAAGAAAAGGACAGGACACUGAGAUAGGGGAGAAAGCGAGACAGAAGGAGUUAAAGACAGUGAGGAAAGGGAAAAUAGAUUAACAGAAACAGUCAGAGUAAAGACAAAGACAAGAAAAAAUGAAAGACAGACAUUGAGAGACAGAGAGGCAGACAUGAAGACAGAUCCCACCCAGUGCUAAAAAAACCCAUCAUAUCUGGCCCAUGAGAGGAAAUUGAUCCUGUCAGUUUCAGGGGGGUCAUUAUUACAGGUGACGGUGAGGGACGUCUUCUUAUGAUAACAUAGAGAGUCUGUCAGGCUCACUUUGUGUCUCUCUGCACAUUAGGGAUAUCGCUCUAUUUGAAGUGUGUGGACGCCACAUUUUGUGAGAUCAAACAGGCUCUCAGCGGCCUGAAGUUCAGUCUGCUCAGCUUUGAAGUCAUCUCUGUGUUCAGUAAAAACAUUCAGCUGAUAACACGAUUGACCUUCGAGCUGCCACCACACGUAGAUUAAAGGUAGUCGAGAGCCACUCUUAAAGGUAUCCCACUUCAAAAAGCUCAGUUUGAGUGUACAGUCUGGACUCCUAUCGCCAGUCUAAUGAAAGGGCCACCACCUGUGUGUGCAGCUACAUAAAACCUUCACCUCCCAUGAUCCUGGAUCAUAAUGGAGUUAAAAUAAUAAAACAUUUUUAAAUGACACAAGCACAAAAAAGUUUCUUUUGAAUCAUGUACAAACCUGCCAUUUAAGGGGCCGGAAACACCACAUCUGAUCAGAAGCUGAAAAAACAAUUGUUCACUUUCUCUUUAAAGGUUUCAAAUAAAGGGCUGCUUUCACUUCAGAUUUGUUGCCAAAUUCCUCUGGUGAAUCACCUUUCAUGGACUUUUUGCAUUUGAAACUGAUUUUUAAGACCACGUAAUUAAUAUAAAGUGAUUCUUACCAGUGUCUUGAUUUGGGAACCAAAUGAGCGCAAUGAAAGGUACUCCAUGAACUUGACUUUUAGAUUUAUUAUCUAAUUAAAUGCUGCACUGCUGUGCUAGUUUGGUCUGAAACCAUGACUAAUAGCUUCUAAUAUUUAUUCUGUCAAAUACAAGGUUUACAUUUUAUCAUUUUAAUGGAUAACACAGCUUAAAAUGUUUAAUAUGUAGGGUUAGGAUUAGGUUUAGAGUGAACAAGAAUGUCCAAUCAAUGUCCACAUAGGGCCACAAAGGAGCAGGCUGCAGCUACACGCAACCAUAGCACUUAAACACGUAAAGCCGAUAGCACUGUUGGUGAGAUGAAAAGAAAAUGAGUACUACCCCGGCAGAAAUGCAGAUGAAGGCUCAACAGAUGAUGACAUCGUCGACAACACUGGCACGAAUGCUGUAUAAUUUGCACAUUUCAGAAGCCUGUUUCGUACAGGUUCUGUAUGUGUGAAACUAUUGUUCCCAAUUACAGUAUUACAUAUGACCAGACUUAGACCUGAACAGUGUCUAUCUAAGGAUCCCUUGGGUCUUUGAAGUUGCAUUCAUGCACCCUCCAAUUGAGUCUUUUCCUUGCAUCUUAAUCCCUCUCACCAGAGACGCAUGGAGGGAUGCGAGGAAAUGAAGAGAUGACAGAGGGGUACAGAGAGAGAGAGAGAGAGAGAGAGAGAGAGAGAUGAAACAUUUUUUUUUUGCCUGUAUUUGACCUAUUUAGAAAACACCUGCACAUGAAGAACAACCUGCAGUCUUUUAUACUGUGUCCUGCUGAGACCAUACAAAUCAAUUUACCCAUCAAAUCAUUGUUAAAUAUUUUUUGUAAUUGGUAUGGUAUUUGUAUUUAUAUUUUUGUAUAGCCUUUUCAGUGUUUAUUGUAAAAGUGUGUAUUUAAUUUACACAGUCUUCGUUUUGUGAUGCCUCAAAUCCACUAAAUUAUUCAUAAGAUGAUAAGUUUUGGUAAAAAUAAAAAUCCUCAAACCCCAUGAUCAACCUUACAAGUUGUAUAAAACUGAAGGUAUAAAGAUUUUAGCGUCUUAGUCUUAAAGCUGCUUAGCUACAUUGGCAGUUUGAAUAAUAAUUGAUGUGCUCACUGUUGCAGCUUGUAAAUGUAGGACAGUCCAGAAGAUGGACUUAUCCCCUGGCAGUCUUUAAUUUGUUAAAAAAAGGAGGAAUCCAAAAUUCACCUUAAAUUACUAUCUUCUAAAUUUCUAUUCUAUCACAGUUCAGCGCGGUCGCCGACGGCAGUCAAAAACCUAUGUACGCUCCUCUGUCUUGCAGCACUUGAAACUUCGGUGACAGUUCCUACCUCAGCCCAAGAGUGACACCUACUGGCAAAGUUACGCUAUAGAUAUUUUGAACUUCUUAAAUAACUCCUACAAGGUGAAUGUAAAAAAAGUUACUUACUAUGACAGACAGACUCCUUCUACACCUGAAGACAGAGCUUAAAUUUCUUCACAUAACAUCAAACAGGAGUCUCCUGACUCAAGGCUUCCCUUACUGCCUGUUUUUAACUGUUGAUGUAGUAAAGAUUCUGAAGUCCACUUUGUGAUAGUUAAAUCAGUGUUCUCUGUUUGAUGUGGGGGUGUGUCUAUUAAAAGACUUUAGUGAAAGCUGCUCCUCAGUUAUCACUACCUCAAAUUCUCUCCUCUCCCCUGGAUCCUCUCUCCCUCAUGCCACAAUAAGGACUGUUGGAUGCCACUUAGCAUGGCGGGUCAGUAGCAAGUUGCUUUUGCCAAGAACCAAGGAGACAGCAUUGAGAGACUUAAGAUUCAUAGAAAUACUGCGUAUUUUCUUAUCUUUACUAGUUGUUUUUUUUUCUACACAUUAAAAUUGCCAAAUAAAAAUGUUGUCCUUGGAAGUUGUGAGAACUGUUAACAUAAAAAAAACAAAAAAAAUAACUUUGUUCAAGCAUAAAACCAUGAAUGGUAAGACCAAGAAAAUCAUACUAUCACAGUAUUUUCUGCAACUUAUUUUGAAUCUUAAGUGAAUAUGAUUUAAAGAGGAUUAAAAACAUUAUCAAAAAUCUUGAACACGUCAUCCUCCACACUCCACCUGCACACAGUGUGUUGUUUUUCUCUUCUUUCUUCUUUUAGCCCACAGAAGCUUAGGUUUGUGUGAACAAAAGGACACAAAGAUCGUCUCCUAACAGAACAGGAAAACAGCAGAUUACAGGAUAAAAGCAGCCGGGCAGAGAAAGAGUCAGAGGAGUCAGAUCUGCACAAAUACACUUGGGGAUGUGCGGAAACCCUGCAGCUUCACCUUUACUGAUCGACUCUGUGUUCCUCCAACAAGCCUUUUGUUAAGCUGCACCUUUGAGAACUAAGUCACGCAGAUGUUAUCCUAAAAUCCACCAGCGAUUUGUGGUUUCCCUCUAACAGAUAUUUUCCCUGCUCAUUAUAAUUUGUCUAAAUGCACGCAAAGAGAAAAUAUUCAAGCUGAUAGAAUUAGAAUAGGUGCUGCAGGUUUCGGGUCAUAAAUCACAGCUCAAGGAUGUUAACCAAAUAAAAAGUCAGAGAACCAACAAGUUUUCAAAGCUCAGUCUUCUCAGCUGGCUUCUCUAUAGCAUGCAGAAACAACUGAGUUCAAUUUUUAAAGGUGUCAAAAUGACCACCAACAAUCAUGGCUCCAGGUAUCAGUGCUGACGGUCCAGUCUACCUGUUACAUGCAGCCAAGCAAAAGAAUCGAAAAUCAGUAAAACAGAUUCACAGCUUCCCCCUAUCGAUGCUGAGUGAACAGAACAUUAAUCACCAGUGGAUCCUGACUGAUCCCGUGUGUGUGCAUGUGUGUGUGUGUGUGUGUGUGUGUGUGUGUGUGUGUGUGUGUAGAUUUAAAUAAUCAAUCAGUUAACAUGGUUGAACCAGGAGUGUUAAAGUGCACAGUGUCUCUUUUAAUGGGAGAUGGAUUUUUUGCUUCUGCAGUGCCCUAAAGUUACAUCCAUCUCUGGCCACCUAUCCCCAGAAGAGGAGAGAGAGAACAAGGAAUAUGUCAGGAAGAUCUGAAAGUUUGAAAGAGCUGCUGACUGUUACCCAGCAUUGUGUGUUACAGCAGCCAGAGUCAGAUUUAUGGCACCUGCUGCUUCUCUCUGAACAGUGCUGAAUAAGCAGCUCUGUUGAACAUCUGAUGCAGUUUUAUGGACAAAUCAGGACCAAUCCUGACAGGUUAAAAUUAUAUCUGGUUUUAGAGAAGUACAGCUAUUUGAGAAUUUGUUUGGUCAGUAGCUGCGUUUACAUGGGCACAAAUAAUCAUAAUAAAUGCCUGAUUGGAAUACAAAUGCGUCACGUAAACAUGUCAAUCUGAAGAUUCUGCUCCAAUUCGGCUCAAUCGGAAAGAAAUUGUAUUCCGAUCGAGAGGGGUGGUUUAUGACAAUCGUUAUUCCAAAAUGCGUCCACACUCAUUCCGAUAGUGACUCUCCUACCUGACUCAAUCUUCACUCUUUAGCCUUUGGUUUAUCUAUUGAGGUCAGUACAGGAGGUUUCCAUAUUAACUCUCUGACAUAAAACACAACUGCAGGUGCCGUGUCUGUUACUCCGGUAACAUAACAAGGCGUACAUACAGCGUAAUGAUGUCACAUCUGCACGCACAGCGCAACCUUUGACAGAACAGUAAAAUAAGUACACAAGGGCGCCAUCUAGUGACAACAUUUAACAGGGGGAAAACUCCUGAAUUGGAUGGAGUGAGCCACUACCACAUUUGUUGGUUUGAUGACAGCACAGGCGUAAAUACAACUCUUUUUCUGCAGUUGUUUUAGUGAAAUCUGGGAACUCUGCGCAUGUCCAAAUGCUUCUUACCUGAAUAAAACUUGGUGUAUGUAAACGCACGUCAUGAUCGGAUUAUUUGAUUUUGCGCCCAUAUAAACAGUGGAUUCUGAUUUUCUGAUCCCUCAAAUUUUUUAUCAGAUCAAGAAACUUUGCACAUGUACACACUCUUUACUCUUAAGCUUUUUACUUAAGAGAUCGAAUACCACCUACCCCUCAUUGCCAGUUACAAAGCAGACUUUCCUGAGCAUUUGGGUCAAAAGUCAGAAACAUCAAGCUAAAAUUUUUUCCAUUGAAUAUCAGUUGGUUCUAACUUUUAAAAAUGCAGGUUUUCCCCAUGUUUAGUUGGUAUAAAGAGAGAUUUUCUUGGCUGUAAGAGCAAAUAUCUGUCUAUGAUUGUACAGUAGAACUGAAUAAUCUAUUUAGUUCAGGAAAUAUUAGUGACUGAGGAUUGGGGGUUAGUGGAGUUGUUAAUUUUGAUCAGUAUGGACCAAAAUUUGAGCUAGCUCACUUUUAACUUACACAACACUGCUGUUUAGUUUGCAUCCUGCCCAGAACGAGACAGACCAUUUUUACCUGUAAAAGGUGUAAAAAGACAAAAAAUUUUCAAUCAUUUGUAUUCAUAUUGAUACCUUACACAUAUGUGAAUACUUGAACACAGCUUUUUUUAUGAUGUCUCAGGAACCCUAGAGGUUAUUCACUGAGUGAAAAGGGUCGAAAAAACAGAGAUCAUGCAGCACUUUUCAACCCCGAUGGAUACAACCUGUUAUUAUCAGAGCACUGAGAUUCAUUUUCACCUUUUUCCAGAAGAUAUUGUUGUGAAAACCCUGAACUCUGUUUGCACAAGUAAAACACUCCCUUAUCUCCUGAGUCCACAAACAAUUUAUCCAUGUGUUUCUGAGAUUGAAUAAUAACUGAAACAGAACAAUGUAGAAGAGCAAUUUUGCUGUUACUGAAUGCUUGAUUAGAUAAAAUCUCUCUUCACUGGAACUGAACUGAGGAGAGAAAAUAGAUGGAGAACGGAAAACCAAAGCUGAAUGGAUCAUCAAUUUAAGUCCACCGCACCCUGAAGAGGGAACAUUUCUGGCAGUUAUUUUGCAGCAUAUGAAUCACUUAGUGAAGGUCACAUGACUCCAGUACUCCAGACAAAAUUAGGACAAACAUUUUAGUAUCUGCCUGCAUGCUUAUCUCUGUUAACAGGGAACUGGGAUUUUAAAAGGUCAUGGUUCUGUUGGCAGUAAGUUUGCAGUCUGAGUGGUAUCAACCAAUCAGGUGUCAGCAAGCUUUGCUGUCUGCAGGAAGAACUAACUGUAUGGAGAGCAAAAGCAGAGAACACAGUCCACCUUCUGAAGAGGAUUGAUUUCUCUCAUUAAAUAAAUAAAUACCUGCAUGCAAGGUCAGCUAACAACCUGUUCAAGAUUUUUGCGGAUAGAGAAACAGCAGUCCUUAAAAUUUUCUCAGUUGUUAGCCCUCUAUAGCAACAGACUUUUAACCAGUCCUGGUAACAUUUAUUUUAUUUUUUUUAAUUUUAAUGUUUAUUUAACAGGGACAAUACAUACAACAUCGCCACAAGAAAUGGAACAUGUGAUGCAUACAAGACCUCAAGCUAUUAUCCCUUAUUGUCCCUGGUCAGGCUUUAGUGUAGGAUAAAAUAUACUGAAUACUUUAAAUGCAAUAAUACAAAUACAGUGGAUAAAACAGCAAGCACUGGGGCAAGAAUGGGAUUUUUUGACAGGAGUACCUCUGUCUUCACUAUGGUAGGAGUCAACAUGCCCCCUUUCAGCUUGUUACUACUAGAUUGCCUCCUGGUUGACCUAUUAUGUAUCAUUGUACUAUUAUGUCUGCAGGCUCGUGCUACUCCACAAUAUUUGCAAUUCAAAAAAAUCAAUUUAUUUUCAUGUUCACACCUGGGAACCCUGCCCUUGGUAGGAACAUGUAAUCAGAGCAGAGCAGAUUGAGCUUGGUGCAGGCAAACUCAUAGACGCCCAUGCUUCCGAACUAAAACAAGCGCACAUGCAUUACAGAAAUAAAAACAUUAUAAGAUAUUUGGCAUAUCUCUUUCGGAGUGACAAGGGAUCAUGCUGGGUCAGCAGAUACCUCUUUCAACUUUCAGCUGGAAUGAGUAUUUAGCUUUUUUCAGGGCCAGAGGCUGCAGUUUCCCUCACUUCAGGACCACAGUUAUGGGGAUGAAGUUAGGGGUUCAGGUGACACUUAUGAUGCAGAUUACUGAUUGACAAACCCAUUACAGACAAACAAUGAGGGCUUGGAAUUAUGUUUCUGAAUCUGCAGCCUCCAGGAGACACGUGCUACUCGGUACCAUAAAGCCUGGUUUAUGGUUCUGCGUCUGACCCCUUCUGUACCAACGCCAUAGUGUCUGAUUCCUUUGUAGGCACUACAUACUUCUGUGUUGGAGUGUCUAUAUCACUGUAAUACUCAAGUUAAACACUAGUCAACAGUGCAAAGUCUGUGCUUAUCGCAUCUCCAGUUUUCCUGCCCUGUUCUGUUUCCUCCUUGUCCCUGUACAAGAAACUAAAGCCACUGAAUCUGAGAGUUGUAUGUUUGAGUUGAAGUCGAUAAAAGAUGUGCAACAGUUGAUGUUGCUGCAAAUUAGGGCUGAGCGAUAAACCGAAAAUUUACUGAUACCAAAAUUUAUGAUAAUAACCGAUUUUGGAUGUUUUGGAUGCGUGUAAGUAGGCUUAAGUCUCAUGUCCCUUUAAGACGCUUAAAGUCUUCAAGGGACAGACAGGUGAGGAGAUGGAGGAUGGUUCAAAAGUUGGAGCGUAAGUAGACAAAGUUAAUGUAGGAGGAAGUAAGCAGCUUGUGGAGUAGUUAUCUUCCAUUUAUUGUUAUCAAGGUGAACUGCUCAAUAUAUCGUGAUAUUGAUUUGAGGCCAUAUCGCCCAGCCCUACUGCAAAUAUUGUAAAGAAGAGGGGAAACAUUAGUUGAGACUAUAUGGCAGCUGAAAGAGGGUAGAGGCGAUACUGCAAAAUGUCCACGCCAAGCAGACCGAUCACAGGUCUGAAAUCUGCAUCACUUUGAAAUGUAGUUACAUUUUGGAGGAAGUGUGCUUUGGGCUAUGAGUGCAAGUUCUUGCUUCGGGUGCAGGGCUACGACAUGGGUCUGAUGCAGGAGUAUAAACCAGGUUCACAAGAAAAUUAAUUCUUUUUUUGAGUUAACAUUUAUAGAGUGGGCCAGAGUGAAUCCUCUUUAUAACGUAAUAUAAACAGUGAAACUGUUGCAAGAAGAAAUUAAACAGACACCCAGACUGAAGAAAUGAGGGCAUUUAUUUUUCGUCUGCAGCCAGGAUGAUGGGCUCCAACAUUAUCUACGCAAUAAAAAGUUCCACAUCAUUUAUUUUUAUAUUUAUAUUUUUUAUUGACGCUAGCAUUUAAAAGGUUAACAUCCUUAAGUGUUUAGUCUGAUGCAAUAACAGGAACAUUUUAAAAUGGUGUGACUCAAUCAGUGUGUCGUGAUUUUGAGGGUUUGAGUCUGAAGAGAAACACAGCAGGAGUUUGUGCAGGAGUGUCAUCAGAAAACAGCGCUGACUUUCUAAACAUAUUAAGCUCUGGCAGGAUUAAGUAAAGUGCUAAUGUAAGAUAAUUAUUGGUCUGUUCUCACUCUAAUCCUUUUUUCUUCUUUCACAGGAUGAGGCCAACAAACCGGGACCCAAGAGCAAGAAACCAAAAAGCAAGAAGACAAAAUGAAAGGGGGAAAGACUCUUUCCAAACAGGCUGUGUUACAGCUACAGGACUGGUGGAUUUCUUUCAACCACACAUGCAAAAUUGUGACAUAUAUGAACUAUUUAAGCCUUGAAAGAUUUUAAAUAUAAUUUUUGGUAAUUGCUUGGACCUCUGAUUAACUAAAUAUGAAUGAUUUUGCACCAUUUCAACUGAGAAGCCUUGAAAAAUGCAAAUAGUGCUAUAAGUUCUUAUUAAAACAAUCAAAAGACAUGAGCAGAACAUGCUUCACUGUGUAAAGAAGUCUUACUCUAAGGUUUCGAGAUAACUUCUUCUAAAAACACCACCAUUACACACCUGCUUGAAUGACAUCUCUGUCACUAUCCAUUUCCUAACGGACUCUUCUGCCUCGAUGUUAUUCAUGAGUCCUUGUCCUUGUAAAUCUGUUUUCUGUAUGAAAUUCAUAUAGAAAUCAUUCAGCGUUUCCUGGAUACACAAGCUGACACCACUGGCACCCAAUUCACAUGUCUGUUUCACACUGGAGCAUUUGACAUCCACUUGAAUCCUGUUAAAUAUUCAGCUGUUGCAUAUUCUCUCUGUGCAUGAAGUUCACACCGGCUGCAGAGGGAUUCUUCCCGGUCUCCUCUUUUUGGCAUGCCCUGCUCCCACAAAGACACAGUCUGCAUAUUAACCGCUGCAGGGUCUCUUUUAGGCAGCCAAGGUGGGCUUUCUGAAUAUUCAGGCACAUGUAAACACUUGGCAUGUACUUCUUUACCAAUGUGCUGCCAUGUGAAUUAGUCCUGGUUUUUCAGUGUACAUUAAACAUUUCAGCAAGGAUGUAAUUUGAAUGUUCAACUGGUACAAAAGGUGUGGGCUGAAGCCUGGGCUGAUCGUGCCCACCAUUUAAAUGUAACAUUGACUAUCCAACAACCCUUUACCUACUUCAAAUAAUUUGGUACUUUAUAGUCUAUUUUUCUACAUUUGGGUCACAUCUGCAGAAGCAGACCAGGUCUGUACAUGAAUCUGAAGAAAUUCUAAAUCAAAUCUGAGGAGGAGUUGGCAGAUGUUGACAGGUCUCUAAUGCUGCCUCACUUUGGCCACCCCAGUAAAAAAAUCUGGCUCUGCUACCAAGCAGGUCAGUGCGCUGCAUGCAGCAGAGCAUGAAUGUCUGUUGAGCCUGCCAAGAGUGCACAAACAAAAGGGCUCAGCCGAGCGAUCUCUCAAACCAACAUGAGUGCUUGGGUCAGAGUCUCUCAAAAUAAGCUCUAUCAAGUGGCACAGCCAGCCGGCCCUGUCGGCAGAAAACUGUAGCCUAGGGUGACCAUAUUCUGAAUCCCAAAAAAGAGGACACGACUAUGGGGGAGUGGAGUCACAUAGUCGCACAGAGUUAAUUUUGAGAGUUUUUCGGGUCGGAUCAGGUGUCCUUUACACGUUUCUAACUCAGUAAGUCCACAUGACACAAACUCAAAACUCAAAACCGUACAAAAUCUCAGACAUUUGAAGGAUUUCAUAAACUUCCCCGGACAAAUCCAGACAAGCAAAACAGCCUGGACAGCCCCCAAAAAAGAGGACAUGUCCAUGUGAAAGAGGAUGUAUGGUCACCCUACUGUAGCCUAGCUUGUGCUCUGUUUCUGUAGACAGUUUCACAUGAAAGGGGCCAAACUGAACAG